AUUUUGCCUGCAAAAAUCGAAUUGAGUUUUAUUACCAUGUAACAAGGACGUGUUUUGCUUGUUAACGUCAGCUGUCAAUCGGCCAUCUUUCUUACUCGCAGUCAAAACAAACUGUUCGUGUUAACGCUGCCGCUCGCCGAUAGAUGGCGUUGCCCCGGCGCUGUGGUUAAAAAGAGAAGGUGUUAUACGGCCGUAACGAAGUGCCUGAAUAGAAUAGACGAGCCCAACAAAUGGUUCCGGUUUAGUGUCGAGAAACCUCCGCGGGGGGAGGUUGUGUCGCGUUGUAAAGCGACGCGGCGUGCGUGUUCCAAAAUAAAUACCCAUCUGUCCAAAUAUUGUGCAAGUUUUUUUAACCCGGAAUAAGGAUGCGUGUGUGUGUAUGACCUAAAAGUGACAAGUUUAUUUUGUGUUUUCAAGUGCCAGUGUUUUGUUUUUGUUCAGUUCUGGAUUUAUUGGAGUUGCGAGUCUGCAGACGGAUUUGUAAAAGCUCCCACAAUGGCGCGAUGACGUGAACAAUGCUGCUGCAACAGGCCUCCCCGUCGCCUGGACCCAGCGGCACCAGCUCCCCCCACCCCUCACCCCGCCCCAGCCUCCCCCGCUCCCCCCUAAGCGAUGCAAGCCCCAGGGCCAGCCCGAAGUUCGCGAGUCCCACGUUGGGUGCCAAGUUCGGGAGCCCCACGUUGGGCGCCAGUCCUAAGUUCGGGAGUCCGAAGCUUAAGAGGACGGCGGUUGAAGAUGAAGCGGCGCUGGAGAGGAUACAGGCGGAGCUGAAGGAGGGAUGGAGCGUGCAUACUGGGAGAGAGGGGAGACUGUAUUAUUGCAACCACGUCACGCAGACGGCGAGCUGGCUGCCUCCAGUCGAGAGCUGGCCCAGCUCCAGAGAUGGCAGCAGAAGCAGCCAGGAGCCGGAAGAGGAGGAACUGCCUUAUGGGUGGGAACAAGCGUUGGAUAGUCGAGGGAAGCCUUAUUACAUCAACCAUGUGAACAAAACGACAACGUACGUGUCACCCGAGGGUUGCUCCUGCGAGUCCCCGCCCGCGCCGCGUGACGUCACACUGGAAAGGGACCCGGAGUUGGGCUUCGGGUUCGUGGCGGGCUCGGAGCGGCCCGUACUUGUCCGCUUCGUCACUGACAACUCGCCCAGCGUUGGGAAGUUGGAGCCGGGCGACCAGAUCCUGUGCGUGAACGGAGCGGACGUGUCGGCGGCGGCGCGCGAGCACGUGAUCGCUGCCGUGCGCGCGUGCGCCGAGCGCGUGACGCUGCGCGUGUGCCAGCCGGCGCGCGCCGGCAACCCCGUGCGCCGCUCCGCUCUACUGUCACACGCUAAACGCGCCAGGUUGAGAGCCCGCCCUCCAAGAGUCCGGUUUGCGGAUUCUGUGCAGCUAAAUGGAGCCCCCAUGUACCCUCCUUCAGCUUUCUCCCUCGGCGACCUCUGCCUUCCACCCAUGGCGAACGUCCUCAAAGUAUUCCUCGAGAACGGACAGACCAAGUCCUUCAAAUACGACACGACCACCACGGUUGCCGAUGUUGUGACGAGUUUGAAGGAUAAACUGUGUAUAAUUGCUGAAGAACACUUUAGUCUGGUCGUGGAACAUGUGAAGAGUGUGAGGAGAAAUAAGCUGACGCUUUUGGAUCCUAAGGAGUCUUUAGCACGGAUCGCGUCCCGGCCCGGCUCGCACAAGAUGCGUUGUCUGUUCCGCGUGGUGUUCAUGCCGACGUCGGCAGCUGAGCUUGCACAACGAGAUCUAGCAGCAUUGGAUUACUUAUACAUGCAGUGCUGCAACGACGUGGCCCAGGAGCGAUUCUCGCCAGAACUGCAGCCCGACGUUGCACUCCGACUGGCAGCGCUGCACAUGCACCAGCACGCGCUAGCCAACAACCUGUCGCCGGCCAAACUCACCGUCAAAGCUGUCGAGAGGGAAUUCGGUCUCGAACGCUUCGUACCAAAUGGUCUACUAGAAAGUAUGAAGCGGAAAGAAAUCCGACGUCUCAUCGCACACUUCCUCAAACUCAACUCGCAGAUGACGGGGAGCCAACGGCAGUUAACGCAGUUACAGGCGAAGCUCCACUACUUGGACAUCGUAGCGGGUCUUCCAAGCUACGGCGCCAAGUGCUUCGGAAGCACCCGACCAGAACGCGUACUUCUAGUCUCCCCACGCUUCGGUCUGAGCCAGAUCAUCUCUCGCGCUAACCCUGGGCCUCAAUCAAUAGCUUCUCUAGAAGAAGUGGAAGGCGUCAGGGUGAAGCGCGAAGCUGGUGGCAGCGCGGAUGUGGCCAUCUUCCUCACGAGGGAUCGAGUCGUCGCGCUGCUCAUGGAUGAGCGGGACGCGCUGGAGAUGCCGCUGGUUAUUGCUGGAUACUACCGACUGGCCACGGGCAAAGAACUAAACGUGGAAUUGGAGAGAGAACCAAUCACAGAGGACAUAGCUCCACCUUACCUCUCACAACAUCAUGUGGUACCAACGAAAUGGAGUUACCUUCAUUACGAUGAUCCAGUCGUACUCACGAAGAAACACUUCGCGAUAUUCACCAUGCCUCCUCCAUACCAUUCCACGCCCGACCAGGCUAAAGCUAGCCUAGAUACCAACAUGAAUUCCAGCCUAACCAACAAAAAUCAUAGCAACAACUCCAGUCCGUUAACAGGCUACGAUUCGAGGCCAGGAUUGUUAGGCCAUGAUGUCCAUUUCGAGAAAUGCAAGAGAAAUGAUGACUACAGACUUUUCGAUCCGAACGAUGCCUGUUAUUUGGAUGACGGGAUGGGUUUUGAUCUUCAAAGCGUUCUAUCCAUGGAACUCUUAGAGAAUGCGAGCAAUAACCCGAGACUUGUUGAAGCUAAAAACGAAGAAGUGCUUCGAAGAGUCGCCGAAAUGCAGAAAUUAGUUGAAAAUUCUGAACAGUAUUUGACUGAGAACUGUGAUGUAUAUAAUGAAGAUGCAUUUAGUAGUGGAAUGUUGAGAGAUGAACUAGUUGGUAAAGAAACGAAUGUAGACCAGUUGGAAAGCGAUACUGAAUCAAAUAAUAGUAGAAUGUCUGCGGCAGAUGAUGCGCCAGGAAUUCUUAAACAUAGCGAUUCUUUACUACUUUUAACAGAGACUAUUAACCAAGGACUUUCCGGGUUAAGUAUACCUGAAGUGCAAAAAGACGAUCUUACGAGGCGGCAAUCGCAAGGUCUCAGCGCUAUACUUAAUAACUGUGGACUCACAGACGCCUUGAUAGCUUUAAACAAUGAUCUCUCUCAUUCAGAAAGUGAUAACGAUUCUCUUUACACACCAACCAAUAGUCCUAUACGUAAGCAUCAGAAAGCUACGAAUAAAGUAGUGAGAACGAGCUUCGGUUUACAUAGUCCUGAUUCGACUCUAGACAAUAGGGAGUCAAAUCUAAAGGAGUAUUUGAAACAGCUUAGAGAGAAGAGUAGUAAAGAGGAAGAGAAAGCUAACUUUCCUUAUUAUGAAGAAACUAGCGUCGAUAACGACGCGGAGCUUAUAGACUUAACUUUGAUCCCACCCCCACAAACGCCUGAUGAACUAGACUGUGCGACGCAAGUGCCUCAAAUAUUACCAGUCGUGCCACCGUCUUUUGCAGACGAGAAGAAAAACUCCCUAGAAAAUUUAAACGGAGCCCCCAAAAAGGGUGAUAUAGAAGAAUUCAUAGCUAACGUAACUGUGCACCCACCUACUGUAAGAGUCACUCCUGCAAUUGAGCUUACACCUGAGGAAAUCAUGUCUUAUAUUAUUCCUCCACCGCCGGGAUCAAAUUCCUCAACUUUAGAUAGAGAACAAGUCAGCUACGUCAACCAUAGUCAGAUAAUGGAAGCGAAGCAACAGAAUCAUAAAGAUGUGAAAGCUAAUGGCGAAGUAGUUAAAGGCACGCUCAGUGUCAGUGAAAUAAGAAACAUGUUUACCGCGAAAACUUUAAGCGAUGCUAGGAAUAGCCUAUUAUUGAAAGAGAAAAGCAAAACUCAAGCUCAAACUAAAUCAGAUUCGCCGAAGAGUAAAAGGAAAAGUGUUACAGAAAAAACGGCGAACGGCACAGCGCAUGUGAUUGAAUAUCCUACUGUUGAAAGGAAAGGUAUGUUUUCAUGUUGUAGCAAAGAUAAGAACAAAAGCGAUGAUAGCGAUGAAUCAGAUAAAGUAGGUCAAGUAGAGAAGUCGGAUUCUAUGCCAGACGUUUGUGAAAUCAGGCCGCCUCCUAGAAGAAAAAAUGUCGAUAACAUUCAACCACCUGAGAGACCUCCUAAAAAUCCUCCCCCAACGGCGCCGAGACCACGAUCGAAUUCGUUUACAUGUCCAAAUAAUGAGUUAACGGCUGUAGAAAUCCCAAACAAUCACUUCAGUACCUUAAACAACAGGAGACUAAACUAUAAAGUCGUCUGUGAAAUUAAUGAUCAAAUGCAACCACCGCUCCCACCUAGAUUAGAACCUAAAGUCCUCUCCCCUCCGCCUCCACUACUUCUUCCUCCUAAAAAGCCUCCUCUACCGCCCGUGCCGAGCAUCGAAGUUCUCCGAAUGAAGACAUCACAAAAACAAUCCCCUAUCAGAGAACAACGGCUAGCCAGUAUCGGUUCGCCGCACUUCCAAAGAAACUUAAACUCAUACAGAAACUUAGAAAAUGAAAGCCGACUAGAAGACGAGCAAAGCUUACGAUCCACACCAAAUUAUAGUUCGAUGACGCUUCAAAGUCGACACGUUCGAUCGAGCUCCGAAACUAAAAACACCAUCUUAAAAAACAACGAAAUGUCAACAGUUCUAUCACUCUGUUCGCCUCAAAUGAAUCGUCGAUUCAGCAACCGGCCCGAUCUUCUAAACGGAGCGGCGGGGAACGAUUCGAAAACGUUCAGCCCUCCGACGGACAGGAAGUUCCGAGCGAGUCCAACUCCAAAAGUCCAGAACCACGUGCGGUUUAAAGACGAUGUCGUGGAUGAUAUUCCCACUCCUCCAUCACCUCCUUUAGUAUUUCCUGAGGCGAAUGGAGUGGUCGGUGCGGAGGCGCUGCUGUUAGCGGCCGAGGCGGCGGCGGCGGGGUUGUUGUCGAGGCUGCACGCCGCCGCGCAGAGGGCGCAGCAUCAACACGCACACGGAGGAGGAGAGGAUAUCGAUGAGCUGAAGUUUCAGCGAGCACGAAGUGAACUGACUUCCUGCGCUGUGACACUGGUGGGGACGUCGAGAACAUUGGUCGGUGCCCUCGGCGGCUCUGGGCCCGUCGCUCCGGCGCUAGCGGACUGCCUCACGCCUUUGCGGAGGUUAGCGGACCUUGCACAGGCUCUCGGCAGACACACGUCAUCCCCCCUCCAGACCCGCAACCUGAUCCUGCGCGUCCACGAUGUGACGGCCGCCUUCAAAGACCUCGCCGGGGCCGAGAUGGCGCACAUAAUACGCGACCACAACGCCAAGACCGAACACAGCUCCACUUUGGAGGGACAGCUCGCGCUCCGAGCGGAGUGUUUGGCGAACGUGCUGGCGACACUGCUUAGGAGUUUGAGGGUUUUUUCGCCGUGAUAAAAUGAAAAAUAAGGAACGUAUUCAUUGUCUUUAUUAUCACGCGAUGCUAGUAUAAUUGAAACGUAAUUGGGGCAUUUUAUUUAAGGUCUUAAGGGGCCCACUGAUUAACAGUCCGCCGGACGGUAUCGGCCUGUCAGUUGUUCGGAACAAUCAAUUAAUCAGUGGGCCCCUUUACACUGUUUUCUUCAUAUUUGGGAAUUUUUAUGUUACAUCUUCUAAGCAUCACGAGCGCUUUUGAUCCUAUAAGGAGAAAAACAGUGUCCCAUAAUUGCCAUACAUUUUUCGAACGUUCCUCCAUUCUGUUACCUUUAUACAAAGUCUAUGAAAAAUGGCACCGCAAAAUAAAAUUAUUGCGACACAUUGUUUUUCCUAUUAGCAUCAAAAGAGCUCUUGAUUCUGAAUAGAAAUGACAUGAAAAUAUCCAAAUUAAGUAAAAUUGCAGUGUACUUUAAAUAAAAUGUAUUGAUGCGUACGUAUCGCACUAAAAUCGAAACAAAAUAAUCCGCUAUAUCGCUACGGUAUCACGACAUAGUAAUAAAAUAAGGGUCAAAGUGUCCAUGUAUCACAAAGUUUAUACCUUAUUGUUUUGAAAAUUACGUAGGAACAAAUAAAAUAGGACACGGAAUAAAUGGUUAUACUCGUACUUGUUUCUGUGUGAUUUUAUUUUGGAGAACAAUUUGGUGAAACUAAAACGACCAUUAAUUAUAUAGAUGAUCUAUCUGAAAGCGGCAACCAUAAAUUUAAUUUGUUAUUCAAGUUCCAAUAUGUAAAAUAUUUUCCAUUCGUUAGUUAAGAUUUCUGUUAAAAUUAACCGUUACUAAAAGAGACCAAAUAAAAUUAGGUACGUUGGUAUAAUUGUAGUUAGCGACACCUUGUGUUAAUUUAAGUUGUAUUUUUGUAAAUUUUAACAUGUGUUAAUGUUUAUAUUUGUUGAUAAUAUAAUUUUUGCAUAGUUUUUUAUCUUAAGUAACAUAUUAGGGUGUAAUUUACCUACUUAAUAUAAUUGAGGUGCAGAGCCAAGCAUUAAUAUAACGCGUAUAAUACACAAAUAAUGGUUUAACCAAUAUUAUGAAUAAAAAAAAACUGUAUCAUAGAUAAUCAAAACGUCUUGCACCUCUAUACACCCUCUUCUAUCGCUGUAUUAUUCCGUAGGCAGUGUUACCAUAGUAAAUAAUAAGUUUACUUAUACAUAUCUAUUUACAUAAAGUGUUGUAUAUUUCUAUAGGUAAGGAAGUGUGAUCGGAUUUUAGGGUGCAAAACUAUUGUGUAAUCAUAUUCAUAUCUCUUGAAUGUCUAAACUAAUCAUACCUUGUAUCGUUUUUAAAACAAUAUUGAAUAGAAUUUUGCAUGCAUUUCUGUAUUUAUCUACUCGAAAUUGGCAUAAAAUUUCAGGGUUCUAAUAAAAAAAAACGAUUUCUAAAAGCUCUUAGCGUAGACAAAUUCAAUGUUUUUUUAAUGCGUGCUUCCCGCGCUUUUGCAAAUUACGGUGUUGCCAUAUGAGUCAGUUUCGUUAAAGUGAAUGUUGCCAGCGUUUUGAGAUCGCGAUGUGCUGAUAUUUAAAUAUUGGUGCUAUUUUUAAAUGUACGUUUUGUGUAUCAGGAUUGGUUGAACUUUGCUUUAAAUGGUGGACUGAGAGGUGAGAGCACCAGUGAUUUGAAUUUCUACUGAUUUAAGGCCGAACCACACCAGGUGCAUGCGUCACUCUAGCCAAAGAUCCAUUGAUUGUGUAAGAUGUGGAAAAUCUAGGACAAACUCGAGUUUCGAAUUUAAUGUGAGAUGUUGUUGGCGCUGUACGGCUCCGUACAUUAUGCGGUGCUUUUGAUAGUCAAAAGUUGACGUUUAACAAUUCAAUGACCACGAAACAUAUGGCGUAAUACAGCGCCAUCUAUUUCAACUGUCAAACUAGGCCUAGUUAUGCUAUUUGCAUUUCUAUUUGCGUUAUUUGACACAUUAUGAUUGACGUUUAUGUAACUAACCCAAAUCGAUUGUCACAGCAAGCGAUUACGACUGGAUGACACCUAGACUGAGGUAUCGAAUUGUGACGUAUAAUGAAUUUUUAUUUGAGAUUUAUAUCAAAAAGAUAUAAUUAUAUGGUUUUCCCGCAAGGUAAAUGCAUUUAAUACACCGACCGAGUAGGUCGCACCUAUCGUCAAAAUUGAAACUAACUGGGGAUAUAUUUUAGAGUUCAUUUAUGUCAUUUCUGUGUCAAAUUUGUUGUCUGUUAGGUGACGAUAAAUAUAUCCAUAUUUACAGUUCAAUUAUCCACCUUUUACUUAUUUUUAAUAAAAGAAAAAUUAAAAAUUCAUAUCGAUUUACUUAGACGACUAUCGAUUCAUAACGGUCCGUCCAACCAUAAAUUUUAAAAAAAAAGACGUAGAACGUACACGUUCUCAGUGCAAUUGUCUUCCUUUAUGAUUACGAUGAGCAUUUUACGUUGUAUUGCUGUUGUUAGUGACAUGUGUCAAAUAACGCAAAUAGGAAUGCAAAUAGUAUAGGGUGCACGUUUGUUUCUUAGACUUUAGCUCUCUAUUACUUUAUAACUCUUUGCCCCAGUUCAGUGCAGGUGUGAUCUUUGGAUUUAAUAUAUGUGCUGUGACAUCGCAUGCGUAGCCGCAUUUGGUGUGUAUAGGCCUUUAAGCUGCGCAAUGAUGCAACUUAAGCAAUAUUUACACUGUAAGCCUGUUAAAGUACAAUUUCACAUACCAAUUUUCGCGGUAACCAAAGACGAUAUUGUAUAUCCAGUUUUAUUUUCAUAUAUUUUAUAAAAUCGUAAUAAUGUUUUUGUCUCAUUUUCUGUGGCUUGACAUUUAUUUUCCUAUUAUAGAUGAAAGAUGAACGACUAGAUAAAAGAAUAAAACAAGACAUUUUUCUGUUAAAAUAAAAUCAAAGCAACUUGAACACAGACUUAUAGAUUAAAAUGUUAAAACGAAACUACACAACGUCAUGUAAAAAUAUUUGCCACGAUAUCAAUAUUUAGGGAGGAAAAAAAAGGGACUACUUUUGUAUAGAUUCAAAGUAAUUUUGUGGUAAGUAUGUCCGGUUACAUUUUGUAUCGAACGAACUUUUCAAACCAUUGAUAAUUAUAUUUUAAUUUCAAUUGAGAAAUAUAAAAUAAAUUAUUUAAUUAAAGGUUAGAAAAUAUCAACAAUAUCAGCACAAUUAUAUAAUUGUUAGGUUUUUGUUGAUAAUGUAGGUAAAAAAUAAAGACAGAGCUUAAAAACUAUUCAAAUGUUACUAAAUAAUAUUCAUAAAAAAUAAAUUCUUAGAAUAAGCUUGCGCUACAUAGCUUUUGCAAUGACAAAUGUCAUUAUUGAUGUAAAAUUUCUAUGAAUAUAUAUCGAUUAUAAUAAAAUAAUUUAUUUAUUCAUCAUAAAUUUAAAAUUAUAAAAAAAAACAGAAUAAGCAACAACAAAAAUAUCGAUUAUGAUGACACUCCUUCACUUUGUUCUGUUCAUGAAGGCGCAAAGUUAUCUUAGACGGACUCUAACCCUUUUAACGCCCAUAUUGCUAAUAAUUAUUAUACCUAAGCGUUAUAGCGUACGCUGUUAAAAUAACCUUCAUGCAAGUUGAAGCUCUCUGGAUAAUUCUCACGUAAUUACCCUAAUAGCCUAAUUAGGCUCCUUGUCAAGUGGUUUGACUUCUUAUCCUUUCUAAGAACCAACUAACGUAUGAUGGUAGGGGUUUUCGACAUGAUAUUAAAGCAAACAACACUUUUAAACACUUUACUGAAAGACGCAGACGCUGCUAUUAUCCCGCCGUUAUUUCAAGCUCAACCAUCAUAUCCUUGUGUGUUCAAGUUGCAAUCAAUCUAAUUAGACUGUACGUGUAUGCACGCAUGCAUUCGCAUGCAUAGAGCAUACUUGCAUGCGUGAGAGAGAAGCUAUAUAUACAGAAUGGAAGAUAGACAAGGUAACAUUGUAUCACAAUAAUAAUUAUGAAACCAAUUUAUUUAUUGUUUAUAAUAACAUAAUGCAAUGCAUUUGAUGUAAUAAAUGAUAAAUUCAGA